UGGGGCCGCUGGGGCCCACCUGCAAUCUGGGGGAGAGGGGGCCUCCUCAGCCACCCAGCUCACUUCCAAAGCAGGGGAGCUCCGGAGAAAUGCUGGCGGUCAGGAUGUCCACGUGGAGUGUUCACCCCUUGAAGCCUGCCACUCUGUGCCCGCCACCCGGGGACCUCACCUCCCCGAGCCGCCAGCGCCGCCACACGCUCCCUGCCAGCGAGUUCCGCUGCCUCACCUUGGAGGAUGCUACGAGCGUGUUUGAGAUUGAGCGGGAAGCCUUCAUUUCUGUCUCGGGCACCUGCCCCCUAUGUCUGGAUGAGGUCCGGCACUUCCUGACGCUGUGUCCAGAGCUUUCCCUGGGCUGGUUCGAGGAGGGCCGCCUGGUGGCCUUCAUCAUCGGCUCACUGUGGGAUGAGGAGCGGCUCACUCAGGAGUCGCUGACGCUGCACCGGCCCGCGGGCCGCACAGCCCACCUGCACGUGCUGGCCGUGCACCGCACCUUCCGGCAGCAGGGCAAGGGCUCCGUCCUGCUGUGGCGCUACUUGCAGCACCUGGGUGGCCAGCCGGCAGUGCGCCGCGCCGCGCUGAUGUGCGAGGGCCCGCUCGUGCCCUUCUACGAGAAGUUCGGCUUCCAGGCGCUGGGCCCAUGCGCCUUCUCCGUGGGCUCCCUGGCCUUCACCGAAUUGCGCUGCAGCCUGCGCCUCCACGCCUCUCUGCGCAGGAACAGCGGAUGCUGA